AUGAGUGAGUUCGUGUUGAAUCAAGGUUAUGGGUAUGGCAUCGUACUUGGUCUCGGUGCCCUUUUUAGUGCCCUCAUGAUAUUGAUAUCGUGGGCAAUCGCCAAGUUUUUUAAUCAAAAACAAGAUUCCGAGCGAUUCACGACAGCUUCCCGUAACGUGAAGCAGGGACUUAUCUCUUCAGCGGUUGUUUCUUCAUGGACAUGGCCAGCUACACUACUGACCUCUAAUUUAUGGACAUACUCCUACGGAAUUGCAGGGGCAUACUGGUAUAGUGUUACAGGUUGCUUUCAAAUACUUCUAUUCACCCUUGUAGCAAUAGAAAUCAAACUCAAAUGUCCUGGAAUUCACACAAUUGCCGAGGUAGCUCGGGUAAGGUUUGGUAAAUGGGGCCAUUUCUGUUACUUAUUUUACUCUCUUGGUACAAACGUGAUUGUGUCAGGCAUGAUAUUGUUAGGCGGAUCGCAAGGGAUCGCAUACACCACAGGGAUGAAUGUAAUUGCGGCUUGUUUUCUGCUGCCAGUAAGCGUUAGCGUUUACACUCUGUUUGGAGGAUUACAAGCAACGUUUUUAUCCGACUGGUCGCACACGAUUGUCAUAUAUAUAAUGGUACUUUUGUCAAUCGUGACAGUUUAUUGCACUUCAGACCUGAUCGGAUCUCCAGAUAAAAUGUUUGAUUUGUUGAAUGACAUGGCGAAAACCUUCCCUCUGGAAUCCUCAGCCAAAGGAUCUUACCUCACAUUUGCCAACAAAGACAUAGUUUUGACCGCUUGGACCACAUUAUUGGGUGGGGCGGCAACAGUCUUCAUGGAUCCAUCAUACUCCCAGAAAGCCAUUGCUGCGGGUAGCAAACAGGUCAUGAAAGGCUAUAUGCUGGGCGGACUUUGCUGGCAGGCUAUUCCACUAGCACUGGGGACCUCAAUGGGGCUUGCUUCUCUUGCUUUAACCAAGAACCCUGAGUUUUUCACAUAUCCCAACAAAUUGACCGAUUUGGAGGCAGGGAGAGGUCUUUCGCUGGUUUAUGCUAUGAAGGCAUUUUUUGGCAAGUCAGGAGCAGCAUGUGCUGUUGUAAUGAUCUUCAUGUCAGCAACAUCAGCAAUGUCGGCUGAACUUAUCUCAUGCUCCUCGAUUUUGACGUACGAUUUUUACAAGACUUACAUCAACCCCGAAGCCUCUGGUAAACGCCUUGUUUAUGUUUCGCACUUAAACGUCAUCGGUUUUUCGCUUUGCAUGGGAGCACUUGCUGUUAUAUUCAACUACAUCGGGGUCACCCUUGGAUGGCUAUUCAGCUUUGUUGGGAUCGUACUUGGACCGGCAUUUUUUGGACUUCUGGGAAUGCUUUUUUACAAGAAAAUGAAUACCCUGGCUUUGGUUGUCGGAGUGCCAUUGGCGACUCUAUGUGGUAUUGUGGGAUGGGUGGCGUCUGCUUCACACUACUCGAGUGACGGAACCGUUGAUAAAGACUCCCUCUCUCUGACUGAGCCAUUGGCUUUCGGAAAUUUCAUUUCAGUGUUCUCGAGUGGUAUCUUCGUGUGGAUUCUUUCGCAAAUAAAAUCGCAAAACUGGUCUUUCCAUGAAAUGAACGAGAUCUAUUUCGAGACUCAAAUUGCGGAUGACGCUGACUCUUCUGAGAUUGAGCUCUCUCAAGUAUCCCAAGAAUCGGUCAAGGAUUUAAGGAAACAUAUUUUGAUCACCAAGAUUCUAGUUUUCUCCCAAUUCAUCAUUUUCCUCAUUAUCAUCCCGCUAUCGAUGUAUGGGACCAACUGCAUUUUCUCGAGGAAAAUGUUCCGGGGUUACGUCUGCAUUCUUAUCAUUUGGGCAUUUCUGGCCGCAAUGUGGAUUAUCAUUUAUCCAUUGUUCGAAUCGAGGUCCAAUCUGACGUUCAUAAUCAAGAGGUUAUUAAGAAGAGAGUUAAGCGACGAUGAUUCGGAUCUAUCCCCAACAGAUGUAAGCACCGAUGAUAGAGAAAAACUUGAUAAAACCUCUAUCCAUGUGAAAGUCAUGUAA